AUGAAAUCAGGAUAUUCCGCAUUGGUGAAUCCGCGAAAACCGAGAAAACUCCCGUCAGGGGGACUCGAUGUCAAGAGCCGGGUGAAGAAACAGCACAUCGAAGACUGGCCGGUUCAAGGACACGCCUAUUCGGUCGGUACACAGAACGCACUUGAGGCUCGUGUUGCCAUGGAGUCACGUGAAGAAUUGGCGGCAUCGUACAAAGACUGCCCGGACAUAUCAGGCAUAUGGGGUCUGAGAGGCGACCACUCUAACGAUACCGCAGGCAACGAGUUUCUGUUGAGUCCCAGCCAGACCGGACCAUAUAUCCACAUCAUGUGUCCCAAGGGGUCGCACGUCAUUGGUCCAUCCGUUGUCACGUGCUUCAAGGAUGGCACGUGGAAUGACGUCACGAAACCAACAUGCUCUUUUUCUAGUUUGGUGCCGCUGCCACAGUCAGGCGUGCUUCUUACCGCCGUGUUUGCCGGAAGUGCUGUCCUGCUCCUCUUGGCACUCUCAGUCAUCGUCGCGCACGUGAUAUACCACCGGAAACGCUCCCCGGGCUCCGUGUCCUCGUCUGUAGAGAGGCUGUUCCGGCUGUCGGAGGAUCCGCCCUUUUACGAGGACAACCCGAUGUUCAGCCACCAAUUAGGCGAGCCAUGUUCACGAUUUGCAUGGACCACGUGGGACAGUUAUGAUGAAUGCGAGGAGGAAUACGUCCGAUUCUUGGACUGCGGUCGCGACAAUAGAUCCUUGCAUGAUUGUGCAUCUCCAGAUUAUAAUAUAUCGUUCACUAGAAAUUCUCAAUACAUUGGAACGGGGCUAUGUGACAUACUGCCACAUGAAUCUCUACUGUACAACCAGCUUUCAUUUCCAAACGACGAUGUACAACCCACGAUAUUGUCGGCGCAUGCGCAUGGUUACCCGGUUACCGAUCACGUGAUCGCGCAUCUGUUGAUGUAUCCAAGAUCGUACAUUCAACAUUGGAGAGACGUCGAGGAAAUGUGACUACACGAUCAGAUGGGAAAUGUUUUAUGUAUACAUGUAUAGUGUAAUGUUGGAUGAAUGUACUGUUGAAACUGUUGAAAAACAAAUAAGGCACUACACUUAAAACGGAAGAUCUAUGUCGUGUUCCCUUUUGUGCAAAAUUUCUUUUAGUUUUACUAAUCGUUUGAAUGCGUCGAUCAGUUUUCAUGAUUGUACAAUACAUGACGACGCUAGGUCGUAAAACGUUGAUAGCUAUUUUUUUGUCAGAUAUGGUUGAUAAUGCAUUAAUUUGAUAUUCGAAUGGGACCUCUUUUUGUUUAAUUCACGGUAUUUGUCGAACUAUUCGUAAG